CCUCCAAAACGACUUUAGACAGUUUGCAACUUGUUUGGAAAAUAAAUGUGAAUUUGUCUCUCAAGAGUUGAGGCGUUUUCCCUGUAUUUUAGCCUGGUCCAAAUAAUGUGAAUUACGCAUUCUGAUGGUUUGCAACUUGUUUGGAAAAUAAAUGUAAAUUUGUUCUCUCAAGAGUUGAGACGGUUUCUGCAUUUUUUAGCUUGGUCCAAAUAAUUUAAAUUACGCGCAUAUAUGUUGUUUUCUAAUUCCACAAAAAACCAAAAGACUUCUAAAACGUAAACAGAACGAAACAAUCAACGCGUAAUUGUGUUGAUUGUUGCAGGCUUUGUCAUUAUUUUGGAGAGACGAGUCAUCCUCUAAUUACUACACCUACCUACAGAAAAGUAGCUGGUCCACUCACACGUGUUCCAUACUUUACCAUUUGAGUCAAGACAACUCAGUGUGUGGAUUGUAUUGUGAACUAUUACGUACUCACCCAGCCUUAUAAAACACUCGUAGCUUUCCUUGUGCUCCUAAAUCAAUUCUGAUUGUACACUUCUUCUUCAUUCUUCAAUCGUCUUUGCCUUGAUUUUGUUAAAUUAAGAUGGAGAAUGACGGAAUCAUGUGCUUGAAGAAACUCUUUCAUAAUUCCAUUGUGGUGCUACUUUUUCUACAAUGUUUCAACCCUUCCCUAUCCUCUGGAUUCUAUAAUGUUUCUGCCGAUUUCAGAGCAAUUAGCCAUCGGGUGGUGACGAGGUGCAUAGAGAGUGAAAGGGAAGCACUCCUUGCUUUCAAACAAGGCCUGGUGGAUGACUACGAUCUCCUCUCCUCGUGGGGAAGAGAAGAACACAAGCAAGAUUGUUGCAAAUGGCUUGGCGUCCACUGCAGCAAUCGAACCAACCAUGUUACUCAACUUCAUCUUGGAAGGUCUUAUUUGGAUCAAGCUCACGCACUUCAACAGAAAGGACGCCCACAGUUUAUCUAUUAUUAUUUGCAAGGUAAGAUGAUGAGUCCUAAACUGACUAAGUUGAAGCAUUUGAAAUAUUUGGACCUUUCACGGAUUAACUUCAAUGGAAGCCAAGUUCCAGAUUUCAUUGGGUCUCUUUCCAACUUAAGGCACCUCGAUCUCACUUAUGCUUCUUUUGGUGGUCGAAUUCCAACUCAGAUCGGAAACCUUACCCACUUGCAAUAUCUUGAUCUCAGAUACAAUAACUUUGCUAAUGUAGAAGAUCUGAAUUCAUGGAUGCCUCAUCUUUCUGCUUUAACAUAUUUGGACCUGAGUGGAAACAAUCUCAGUAAUGUUCCUGACUGGAUGGAAGCAGUUAAUAAGCUCCCCAAACUUACAAACUUGUCUUUGUCUGAUUGCAGUCUUCCUUCUCCUCUAAUUCAUUCCAGUACUCUUUUUAACAAAAAUUCUUCUAGAUCUCUUGCUCAUGUUGACCUCAAUUACAACCAACUCACUUCUUCCAUACUUCUUUGGUUGUCCAAAUACAAUGCUAGCCUUGGUUAUCUUGAUCUCAUAUCCAAUAACUUUGCUAAUGUAGAAAAUAUGAAUUCAUGGCUGCCUCAUCUUUCUGCUUUAACAUAUUUGCACCUGACUGACACCAAUCUCAGUAAUGUUCCAGACUGGAUGGAAGCAGUUAAUAAGCUCCCUAAACUUACAGACUUGUCUCUGUCUUAUUGUAGUCUUCCAUCUCCUCUAAUUCAUUCCAGUACUCUUUUUAACAUAAAUUCUUCUAAAUCUCUUGCUCAUGUUGAUCUUAAGGACAACCAACUCCCAUUUUCUUCAUCUUCUUCCAUAUUUGUGUGGUUAUCCAAAUACAAUGCCAGCCUUGUUUCUCUUGACCUCUCUUACAACCAAAUUAAAGGAGGGAUUCCGCAAUCUUUUUCCGGGUUAUGUAAUCUGCAAGAAUUCUACCUUUACAACAGCACUCUGAGUGGACAACUUUCCUGGUUGGUUCAAAUAUUAAUGUCUGCAUGCCCUGAUCAGAACUCAUUAAAGACUCUGGGCCUCUCAUCCAAUCAUCUUUCUGGAUCAAUUCCUAAUCUCACAAACUUUUCAUCAUUGCAAGAAUUAUUUCUCCAUGACAAUCAAUUGAGUGGAACAGUACCUGAAAGCAUUGGGCAUAUGUCUAGACUCGAGAGUAUCUACCUUGGUAUGAAUGCUUUGGAAGGUGUGGUUUCGGAAAGCCACUUCUCCAAUCUCUCAAAACUAAGGCAUUUGGAUCUAUCCUCUACCUCACUAUCUUUAAGCUUCAGUUCUAAUUGGACUCCUCCUUUCCAAUUGUAUUCUAUAUAUUUGAGCUCUUGCAUGGUGGGUCCGCACUUUCCAAAAUGGCUUCAAACUCAGAAAAGUUAUGCGGGACUUGAUAUUUCUAAUGCAAGAAUUUCUGAUAUGCUUCCAAGUUGGUUUUGGAGCCCUCUGUCUCAUCCGGAUUCUGGAUAUAUUUCUAUAGAUCUUUCCAACAACCGAAUUAGAGGAACAAUUCCAAAUUCAAGAUUUGAGUUUCCCUCAUCUUCCUUUAGUCAAGUGAAUUUGAGUUGGAAUCGAUUGGAAGGUCCAGUCCCUUCAUUCCUUUCCACAGCUGUAUCUCUAGAUCUCUCCAACAAUAAGCUUUCAGGGUUAAUUUCUUUCAUGUGUCCAAAGACUCCGAACAAGGUUAGUGGUUUAGCCUUUCUUGAUCUCUCAAGCAACAAUUUGCAGGAACAACUUCCUAAUUGUUGGACACGUUUUGAAAAUCUUGUCUUUCUUGAUUUGAGUGAUAAUGCUCUUUUUGGGAAAAUUCCUACCACAAUGGGUUCUUUACCUUCUAUUCAAACGCUGAAGUUAGACAAGAAUGGGUUUGUGGGGGAAUUGCCUUCAUCUCUGAAGAACUUUGCCACACUCAGUGUUUUUGAUGUUGGAGAAAAUAACUUAUCAGGUUUGAUACCUGAAUGGUUAGGGGUUGGACUUCCAAAUUUGGCUAUCCUUAUCCUCCGUUCUAAUCAUUUCUAUGGAAGCAUUCCACUACAAUUGUGUAAUAUGAGAGACAUUCAAAUUCUAGAUUUUUCAAUGAAUAACAUCUCUGGAAAUAUACCCAAAUGCAUCAACAAUUUGACAAAUUUGGCUCAAAAAGGAAGUUCAAGUAUAACUAUCAUUCAUUUCUUUGAGUUCUUCGUUGCCGGAUACGGUUAUUUGGAGGAAGCAUCCUUGAUAUGGAAAGGCAAAAUGUCCAAAUACAAAAGUACUUUGGGGCUUGUAAAGAGUAUUCAUCUGUCGAGUAACCAAUUAAUGGGGGAGAUUCCUACGGAAAUCACUGAUCUUGUGGGGUUGGUUUCCUUAAACCUGUCAAGAAACAAUUUAACAGGUCCAAUAACUCCAAUGAUCGGGAAGUUGGAGUCCUUACAGUCCCUUGAUCUGUCAAGAAACCACAUAUAUGGCAGAAUACCAACAAGUCUUUUUCAAAUAUAUGGUCUUGGUGAUUUGGACUUGUCAAACAACAACCUGUCUGGAAAAAUUCCAAUGGGGACUCAGCUCCAAACCUAUGAUUCAUCUGAUUUUGCUGGAAAUCCUCUGCUUUGUGGAAUUCCACUUCAACAGUUGUGCUCUCCUGAGGAAACAAGUCCAGAGGAGCAACCAAUGUUUGGGGAUCAAGUUAAAGAGAAUGAUGGGCUUAUAACAACUGGAUUUUACUUGAGUUUGGCGCUUGGUUUUGUUGUUGGAUUUUGGGGAGUUUGUGGGAGUUUGAUAUUCAUCAAGUCAUGGCGAUACACAUACUACAGGUUCUUGAAUUGUGUGUACGAUUGGCUUUAUGUGAGGGUGGCGUUGAUCAAGCGACGAAGAUUGAUGGGCAAACUCUCGUGCAUCUACCGUUGGUAAGCAAUGCUCCCCUUAAACUGGAGAAGAAGGAGAUUGAGGAGUGCAAUUUGAAGUUAUAAUUUAGUGAAAGUGUUGUGUUUAAUUUAGUGGCCUUUUUGUUUUUGCAAUGACGUUACUUAGAUUAUCUUUGAGGGGUUAAUUAGGUUCUUUUCAUCCUCUUUUACUAAGUGUACCAGUUGAUCAUUUUCAAUAAAUUUCCUUGAGAAACUUGUAAGAACUUAUUAAUCAAGUUACAGAGAGAACAAGCAGACAGAUAAUUCAAUCACUGUAUCUCAAAUCAUCAAUGUUAAUUCUUUACGGUUCAAGCAUGCAAAUAUUCAAAUUGAACAAAAGGGUUUAGUAAAAAAUCAUUUAUUAAUGUCCAUGCUUGUAUAACUUCAAGUGCAGUUGCGAAGCCUCUGAAUACAGCAACUAGUGACCUUGCGAACAUAUAAGUUACUAAUUUCAAUACAAAAUUUGUUGUAUAAACAUGAAAAGAAAAGCAAUGAAAUUUCAACGUAAUUAACAAAACACCAAAAAUUGACCAAAAAACACAAGCAUGAGCUCUAAAAAGGCUUUAGAAAACAUGUUUUUGAGGUUAUUUACAGUGACCGUAUUCUUUAUACCGACACCAAACUUUAAGUUCAUGUGGAAAUCUAUUUAUAUGUCGAGUAACACACUAAUCUGUAAAUAUUUUUUUACAGAUAGUGUGCAAAUUUCUUUCUUUCAAUCUGUUGUAUGCUCAUGACGUGAUAAACAUAUUAAAAGUUUACGAUUUAAUAUGAUUACUCACUCCCAAAUGUGAUUGUUAUUCUAUGAAUUCGCUAAAAUUUAAGGUUGUGUGUACUAUUGUUUUUAAUACCUUUUGAUUAGUAAUACAAAAUUGAAUAUGAGAUCUUCCUUUUGGUAAUAUCUUAAACUGCUUACGAUAUACGUCAUAAGCAACCAUGCUUACAAACUUAAGCACCCUUAGAAACAACAUGCAUUAAUCCACAACGAUUUUUAAUUUUACUCAAGACCCCAAAUACGAUUUUGUAUCACAUAAUUUGAAAUGUGCAAUUUAAUUACGAUGUAUUUGGAUUGCACAUUUCAAAUAUUCUGACACACAAGUGUGAAUGUUUUAAAUUGAUGACUUUUACUCAUCUAACAAGAUAUAAACUUGUUUCGUUCCAAGUGAGUAAUUAAGUAAAAAUAGUACUCAUGUAACCAGCAGGCAACAAGGAUGUGAGACAUCCUAUAUGCAUGCAAUGGCUAAACUUACUUACAAAACUCAACCGAAACGUCGUCGUCGUCUGUUAGCUGUGUUAGGACCAAAAGCGUGGUCGUUUUGAUCAGAACAUUUCCGGGGCAAAAAGCAGAGGACAACGAUUGAAAUUCUAAAGAGUGAGAGUAAAAGACUGGGCCGAUGUACAAGGAGAAGCCGCUAUGGGGCGAGGUAAUAACACCGAAGGCCUCGUCGGAAUCUGAACCAAACCACCGUCCACCGCCGUAGGCGAUCCGGCCAACUUGUUGACUAGCAAAGAGUCUAUAGCGAGGUCACGCUCGCGCUCCGGAGCGGCCUCCGCGACGUUCCUCCGAGUUCUCGUUCCUCAGCAUCCGCGGCCUUCUCAACUUCCUCAGAUCGGCCGCCGAGUCCGAUUCCACCAUCAACCUCUUCUCUCAGACGCAAUCGCUCCUCGAGCUUCAAGCGGUGCCCAUUCUGUUUCGGCACUCGCUAAAAGAUUCGGACGAUGAGAUCGUGUGUAAUUUGGAUCACAUAUUCGGCGUGGAGCCUCUGAAGAUCAGGAGCCCGCCAACCGAUUCCAGGGUCUCGCAUGCGCUUAGGCUUUUUAAGAGUAUAUUAGUACUUUUAUAUUAAUUUUUGGUUAAUAAUUAUCAUAAACUUAAAAAUGUGGCCAUAAUUCUAUCUGGUAUCAAAUUUUGGUUAUUUUUUCAAAUUUCCUGGUUUGCCUAGGUUGGAUCCUUUCUUUGCUAAUAAACUUAAAAAUGUUGCUUUUGCUGAAAUGUGGAGAGUUCUUGCUGCUGCUCAUUGGUCAUGUAAAUGGGAGGGAUACACCCCCAUUGGCAACUGUACAUGAGGACAUAAGACGUCUUUUGGGUGAGAAAUCUGCUUCCUUGUUAUGGGCAGCCAGUCAGUUUGGUUCGACUCUUGAUCCGGAGCAAAGACUAACUGCACUUCACAUCCAAGCUCUCCUCGUGAUAGAGUCCUUAGAUCUGUACUGAACCUGAACAUAGAAAGCACCCUAGGCAUUUUGUGUUGUUUUUCUUUGUAUUUCAAUGAAAUACACUAUCAGUAAUUUGUAAGAAAAUGGUCGUCUUCAAUGAAAUGUUUGCCUUGACA